ACGUUUAUUAAUUUCUCAAGAGAAGCUCGCAUCAUCAGCAACCCUCUCUUCAUCCCCAACAACCAAAUUAAUGCUCUUUCUCAAUCCAUUUUGUUUUUAUUUGAUUUGAUUUUUAUGUCCCACCAAUUGAUUCACAGAGUGAAGCAGUGCAGUGCCCACUCUCCCUUCUCGCUUCGUUCUAUCUGUCGUUUGCACAGUGGGACUGAACCAGAAGCUCCAGACCUCGAGAGCUCCUCCGAUGGCGGAUCCCAGCUCCUCCAACCCCAACAUCGACCCCAACAGCGGGUUCUGCCCCCAAACCCGCAUAUUCCACAGCCUCCGCCCCACUGUUCCCCUCCCGCCGCCUGACCUCCCCCUUUCCGGCGCCGAAUACGUCCUCUCCUUCAUCCGUUCCGGCCCCGUUUCCCUCUCUACCACCACCGCCAUUGUCGAUGACGCCUCCGGCCUUACCCUCUCCUUCUCCGACUUAUUUCUCUUUGCUUCGAACCUCGCCGCCGGCCUCCGCUCCCUCACCGGUCUCUCCGCUGGCGACACCGCCUUUGUCGUCGCCCCCUCCACCCUCCACAUCCCCGUCCUCUACUUCUCUCUCCUCUCCAUCGGUGUUGUCGUCUCCCCCGCGAACCCCCUCUCCACCGAGUCCGAGCUCUCCCACCUCGUUCGCCUCUGCAAACCCGCCGUCGCGUUCGCCACACGCGCCACCGCCGCGAAGAUCCCCUCCCUCCCCCUCGGCACAAUCCUCCUCGAUUCCCCUGAGUUCGAAUCCAUGAUUAAGUCCGGCGAGAACGACCGCAAUCCUAAUCUUAGCCCUAAGAUAAACCAGUCCGACCCUGCGGUCAUUUUAUACUCGUCCGGCACGACAGGGCGAGUGAAGGGGGUUCUGCUGACUCACCGGAAUGUGAUCGCCGUGGCUGCUGGUUUCUCCCACAGCCGGACGGAAAGGGCGGCGGAUUCGCCGCAUCAUGUGACGCUGUUCACGCUGCCGUUGUUCCACGUCUUCGGGUUCUUUAUGCUGCUGAGGGCGGUAUCGCUGGGGGAUACUUCGGUGCUGAUGGAGAGAUUUGACUUUGAGAGGAUGCUGAGGGCUUUGCAGAGCCACCGGGUGACGUACAUGCCGGUGUCGCCGCCGCUCGUGCUGGCCUUGGCCAAGUUGGAUAUGGUCCAAAACUACGAUCUCAGUUCGCUUAUGGUAGUGGGAUGCGGCGGUGCUCCGUUGGGAAAGGAGGUUGCAGAGAGGUUCGUCGCCCGGUUCCCCACGGUGGAGAUUGUGCAGGGAUAUGGCUUGACUGAGACUGCUGCAGGAGGGACAAGGAUGCUAGGGCCCGACGAGUAUAAACGAUAUGGUUCUGUUGGUAGAUUAGCUGAGAAUAUGGAAGCUAAGAUCGUUGAUCCUGUCACUGGAGAGGCCUUGCUUCCUGGUCAACAAGGAGAGCUAUGGCUGCGAGGGCCAGUGACGAUGAAAGGUUAUGUAGGAAAUGAUGAGGCAACUGCUGCAACAUUGGAUCCAGAGGGCUGGUUAAAGACCGGUGAUCUUUGUUAUUUUGACUCUGAUGGAUUUUUAUUCAUUGUUGACAGGUUAAAAGAAUUGAUAAAGUAUAAGGCAUAUCAGGUUCCUCCAGCUGAGUUAGAGCAUUUGCUUCAAUCCAAUCCUGAAAUUGCUGAUGCAGCUGUCAUUCCGUAUCCAGAUGAUGAAGCGGGGCAAAUUCCCAUGGCCUUUGUAGUGAGGAAACCUGGAAGCAGCAUUACUGGGGCUGAAGUUACGGAUUUUGUUGCAAAACAGGUUGCACCGUACAAGAAGAUACGACGAGUAGCUUUUGUUAAUUCUAUACCAAAGUCUCCUGCUGGAAAGAUCUUGAGGAGGGAACUAGUUAAUAUUGCUCUAUCUGCUUCAGCAAGACUAUGAUCAAUGUAUAUUAUUACGUCAAACAUAAUGGGCAGAGCUUCAUAUAUCACAAUGCGCCUUAACGCAUGCCUGUCGAGCCGUAUGCCCAUUUUUUUUGUUUGUAAAAUGUGUACUUUGGGUCUCCAUCGGCUUCAUUUUCCUGUGCUCAUCUUACUGUGCUGGAUUUUGUAGGAACCAGGAAAUGAGAAUAUUACAUAUUUAGAUGCUAA